AUGUUCCCAGAUACCUCGAGUUGGGAGACUUUCCAGUGUAUCACUGAUCAGAACUCCAGCAAAGAUUUUAUGGAUAAAACCACAUACUCCAGGACCACCCGGCCUGGCUCAGCAGGCAGUAGCAGUGGAUCCACUGGGGCUGGAACAGCAGGAGCAGGGCGCCAGACCACGGCUCCAUCAUCCCAGGGCUCUGGCACCACUGGACCAUCUUCUGUUGUCUCUCAGACUUCAAGCCAGUCUAAGGAAGGAUCUGAAUCCACAGGCUCAUCUGUCAUAGGAUCUGAUUCCACUUCAACCUCAUUGGUGUACCCAUGGGCACCACUGGAUUCUCUUCUACCCUGCUGGGCACUACUGCUUCCUCGGUGGGCAUUGUCACAACCACAAGAGUUUUUCCUCAGGGAUCCUCUGCUGACACAGCUCCAGCAGUGUGCCGUGGUCCACUGGGAGAAGAAAAAGUGCCUGGAGACACAUGGACGGCCAACUGCCACCAGUGCACCUGCAUGGCUGCCAGGUCUGUGGACUGCAGACCCCGGGAGUGCCCCGCCCCACCCACAUGUGGAGCCGGAGAGAAGGUGGUCACCUUCUCAUCUAGUGAUACAUACCUGCUGUGACAUUGGACACUAUGCUGCGUCCAGCGCAGCGCCAUGGAGCCCAGCGGCCUGCGCCCUAAUGCCUCCUUGCCCCCACGCUGCAUUGCAUUGCAUCGCACCCAUAGGCCCCAGCGCUGGGGCUCGACCCCGUUCCCUGAGCACCUGGCCACGACUGUGCGGAGGCCCCCCGCGUGGAAGUACUGCUGAGGACUCGGGACAGUGCUGUGCCGGACAGCCUCGGCCAGGUCCAUCUUGCUGGAGCCCAUCUACUGGGAUUCCUCCAAUGCCAAGAUUUUUUAUGUGGGGAGAAGUGCCUGGAUCAACCAAUUCAAAAGCUGCUCCAAUCAGCAGAUGA